AUUCUAUAACUGGUCUAAGAUUCCAGCGGGCAACAACAAAUAACCAACACAACAUUUUGUGAAAUUUUUGAAAAUGCCAAUUUGUAAUGAAUAAAUUUUGAUUGAUGGUUGUUUUAAAAUAACGUUUUUUUUCCAAAUAAGAUUCAUUUUUAUGAUCAAGAAUGUCAAAAUUACUAGAUGGAAAGCUACCUGUGGUAAGAUUACGGCGCUUGGAGGAUGGAUCGCCUAAAAAGAAUGCACGUUCCAAAUCAACCAAACAAGAACCAAGCAGGUCAUUAGCCAAGAAGAAGGCAUCUUUGUUGGAAGCGGCGCGUCAGCUAUGCACGGACAAUAUUCAGGAUUCGAUAAAGCUGGCCGACGACAUACGGCUCAAGUCUACUAAGAUCAAAGACGAGAGAAUCAUCGACGCGAGGCUCGACGAGCUGGAAAAUGUGGACAAGCUGGAAAGGAACCUGCAGCGAUACUACGAUACGUUGAUAGAGGGCGUGCACACCUUGAAGUCGGCACUCGCCGAAGAACUGGCCGAUUGGCGAACGCACUUUCAGCGCAAGCUUGGCGGCACCCUGGCGCCGAAAUCGGCCACUUGUCGUAACGUUGCGUCGGACAAUGCGGAUAAUUCGAAAACUGGCGGCAGACGUGGUGUGAAACCGACCAGUGACGAAGAAAACAUGAGUGUAGAUGAAGCUAGUAGUAAAAAAAUGGACGAAGACAAUGACAGCGAUAAGGAAAAUAUGAGUAAGGAUAAAGUUAAUGGUACGAAAAGUGACAGUGAUGAAGGAAUCACAAGUAGAGACAAAGUUGAUUCAGACAGACAGUCAAGUGAUGAACAAGUCACAAGUAAAGAGAAAGUCAAGGGUAGAAAAAAAGUGAGCAGCGAUAGAGGCACCCCGAGUAAAGACAACACUUCAGAGAGAGAUGAAAAACAGUCUAGUGAUGAAGAAAAUACAAAUAAAAAGAGAGUCAAGGGUAGAAAAAGAGUGAGCAGCGAUAGAGGCACCCCAAGUAAAGACAACACUUCAGAGAGAGAUGAAAAACAGUCUAGUGAUGAAGAAAAUACAAGUAAAAAGAGAGUCAAGGGUAGAAAAAGAGAGAGCAGCGAUAGAGGCACCCCGAGUAAAGACAAUACUUCAGAGAGAGAUGAAAAACAGUCUAGUGAUGAAGAAAAUACAAGUAAAAAGAGAGUCAAGGGUAGAAAAAGAGUGAGCAGCGAUAAAGGAACCCCAAGUAAAGACAAUACUUCAGAUGACAGUGAAGAAGACAAAGUUGAUUCAGAGAGAGAUGAAAAACAGUCUAGUGAUGAAGAAAAUACAAGUAAAAAGAGAGUCAAGGGUAGAAAAAGAGUGAGCAGCGAUAGAGGCACCCCGAGUAAAGAUAACACUUCAGAGAGAGAUGAAAAACAGUCUAGUGAUGAAGAAAAUUUAAAAAAGAGAGUCAAGGGUAAGAAAAGAGUGAGCAGCGAUAGAGGUAGCCCGAAUACUUCAGAUAGCAGCGAUGAAGGAGCACCGAGUAAAGAUAAAGUGAAAGAUGGUGGAAAAGGCUCUCGCAGUAGUGAAAAUAUUUCCAGUGAUGUGGAUAAGGAGGAUCAAUCGCAUUUGGCAAUGGAGUGUGUUGGAGAGAGUGAUUCUAGCUCCUCUAGUGGUGAGAAGAAAGAGAGUGAAUCCGACGAUAAUGACAAAGGUAAAUCGAAAAGCUCACAAAAACAAGCCAAGGCGAAGAAUGAGAAAUGCUCGAAAAUGAAGCUGAAGAAGAGCAACGAGAAGUCCACUUUGAAAAAACGGAAAUCUGACGACUCCAACAGUGAAGAUAGUGAUUCCGACGAUGGAAAGAGUGAAAAAGUGAAAAAUGACAACGAUGAAAAUGUGGAGUCGGACGAUGAGGUUGAUACUAGUUUGAAGAAGGAGCUCGACGUACGUGCCAAAAUGCUUUUGGAAUCGUCUAGCGACGAUUUGUUGGAUGAAGAUGAUGCGGAUGAAGAUGAUGAUGAUGAUGAUGUACAAGUGGCGAAGAAAAGCAGUUCCAAGGAGAAGAAACUUACGAAAAAAAGAGGAAGUCCGAGGAAAGUGGGUCAAGAUGAGGAUGACAAACCAAAAGUAGCCAAACGUAAAAAAUGUAAGGAGGAAGAAGAAGACGAUGAGAAGGAAUCCAAAGAGAUUGCCAGGUUGACGAAUUUGAAGUCAUUGGAAGCAACUCGUCAAAAGAAUAGCACAGACAGUAAUAGUGGUAGUUCGUCAGAAGACGACAGGCCGAAAGCAAAGAAACCCAAGACUCCAGCAGUCAAAAAAAGGAAAGUUGCCAAUUCUGAAGCCAGCAAAGAAAAUUCAAGUGACUCCAAAGAUAUCAAUUCUGAUGAUGAUGAUUCCAAUGAUUUAAUGGAUUAUAUCAUCCCUAAAAUUAUUAAACAGGAAGAUAUUCAUCACAAAGUUUUACAAUGUCUGUUUGAAUCAUCCGCCUCUGAAAGUUCAGAAGAGGCAGAGGAAGAGGAAGAUUUAGGGAAAAAGAAGAAAGGGAAAAAAGCGAAGAAUGAAAAGAAGAAGAGGAUAAAAGAAGAGGAAGAGUCGAGUGACAGUGACGCUAGUCGCUCCUCCGCUAAUGUUUUCCAAAUAAAACAGAAAUCAUGGAGAAAAGACAAACUUUUAACUGGCAAAUUGACAGAUACGGACACUUCAGAAGAUGAAAGAAGGGAAUCCAAAUGGAGAAAGAAACAGCAACAGAAGGCAGCCGAAAGCUCUGACAGCUCUGAUGUGGAUUUCGUUCCCAAAAAGGACAAGGCAAAGGCAAAGAAGCCUAGAAUAGUUCUCUCAGAUUCGGAUAUAAUCGAAAUAUCGGAAUCUGACGAAGACAGCAGCUCUAGUUCGGUGGAAAUCACCAAGAAAGGCAAGAAACGAAAAAGGGGUUCCAGGUCUUCAGCAGACGGCAGCAGCAGCUCUGACGACGAUACGAAGAAAAAAGCCAAAAAAAAACGAAAACGUAUCAUCAACAAUUCAUCGAGUGAUAAUGAUGAGGGCGAUGAAGGUGACGAACUGAAUGAAUCAAACGCCAGUCAGGGCAAAAGCGGCAGAAAGAACAUAAAGAAAAUAAUGAAGGACAAAGAUGUUGCCGAAGCAACUAGAUCGGCGGCAAAAGAGGAAGAAGAAAGGAGACAGAGAAUAAUGGAAAGGCAAAAAAUGUACAAUGCAAUUUACGAAGCUGUGGAGGACACCGCUAGCAAAAAAGUGGACAAACUUGUUUUAGAUUUUGACCCGGAGACGAAAAAGCCGAUCAUAUCUGUGGACAAAGGCCUAGUUGCCAAAAUGAAGCCUCAUCAGGCAAAGGGAGUGAAAUUUAUGUGGGACGCUUGCUUUGAAUCAGUGGAACGCAUCAAGACGAGCAAAGGCGGAGGCUGCAUCCUGGCCCAUUGUAUGGGUCUUGGAAAGACCUUCCAGGUGGUGUCUCUGGUGCAUACCCUGCUGACACACAAGAAGUUGACGCGAGUGAAACGAGUUCUAAUUGUGUGUCCGUUCUCGACCAUUCUGAACUGGUACGCUGAAUUCGACAAGUGGACGAAGGAGGUGGAAAAGAACGACGAUCUCAAUGUCUCCCACGUUAUCAAUGAGAAAGAGAACUACAGGAGAGCCUAUCGGUUGAAAGAUUGGCACGAAGAGGGCGGAGUGAUGAUCAUGGGCUACGACAUGUUCAGAAACCUCACCAAUCAGAACAAGAAGCUCAAGGCUAAGCUAAGAGAUGCCUUUCAAAUGAGCUUGGUAGAUCCUGGACCCGACCUAGUGGUGUGUGACGAAGGUCAUCUGUUGAAGAACGAGAUGACCGCCCUGUCCAAGGCAAUGACUCGCAUCAAGACGCUGCGUCGAGUUGUGCUCACCGGAACGCCGCUCCAGAACAAUCUCGUCGAAUACCACUGCAUGGUGAGUUUCAUCAAGCCGAACCUGCUGGGAAGCAAGAAGGAGUUCACCAAUCGGUUCGUGAACCCGAUCAACAACGGCCAAUUCGCCGACUCGACCGAACGCGACUUCCGCGUCAUGAAGCGGCGAGCACACGUCCUGCACAAAAUGCUCGAUGGACUAGUCCAGCGUCGCGACUACAACGUGCUGACGCCGUAUCUGCCGCCGAAACAGGAGUAUGUGCUGUCGAUUCGCCUCACCGAUCUGCAGGUGAAACUUUACGAACGCUUCCUCUACAACAAGGGCACCAUCACGAAGGGACAGAAAGUGAGGCUGUUGGCCGACUUCCAGCUGUUGAGUCGCGUCUGGACGCAUCCGCUAGCACUCAAGUACAACCUCGAGCGACAAUUGAAAAAGGCAGAGAACGAGGAGAGAAGUGAUGACAGUGCUGGCUCGCUGAAGGACUUUGUGGUGGACAGCAGCAGUGAAGAUGAGACCUCCACGUCACAGUCGGACAAUGAGGCGGAGUCGACCAAGCCGUCGGCCAAACGGGUCACCAGGGCUAACAAGAACAGUGACGACGAUGUGGUUGAAGUUGAAGAUGACCCGGAAAAGAUGGCAGUUGCCACUAGGGAUGCCUGGUGGUCGGACCUGGUCGAGUCGCACCACUUUGACGAAAUCGCAACCAGCUCCAAGCUCAUUCUGCUCUUCGACUUCCUCAAGAAGUGCGACGAAAUUGGCGACAAAGUUUUGGUGUUCAGCCAAUCGCUGUACUCGCUGGACCUGAUCGAGCACUUCCUGAGUGAGAUGGACGAUGCCACCCAGAGGGGUGAUGAGGGUGGUGAGGGGGCUGACCCCCUGCUCGGACAUCGAGGCAGAUGGUUGAGGGGCCGCGACUACUUUCGGCUGGACGGCUCCACAAAGGGCGAGAAUCGGUCGGCAUGGAUAAAGAGCUUCAAUCGCGAGUCAAACACAAGAGCCCGUUUGUUCCUGAUCUCGACGAGAGCGGGAGGCCUGGGCAUCAACUUGACGUCCGCCAAUCGUGUGAUCAUCUUUGACGCGUCGUGGAAUCCCUCUCAGGACAUCCAGAGCAUUUUCCGCGUCUACCGCUUCGGCCAGCGCAAGCCCUGCUACAUCUAUCGAUUCGUUGCUCAGGGCACCAUGGAGGAGAAGGUUUACGAGCGGCAGAUCUCGAAGCUGUCACUUUCACAGCGUGUGGUGGACGAACAGCAGGUGAACCGCUACUUCUCACAGCACGACCUGCAGGAGCUCUACAACUUCAAGCCGGCUCGCGAGGAGGACGCCCCCAUUCCGAUUGUGCCUAAGGACCGCCUAAUGGCCGACAUCCUGCAGGAGCACAAAAAGUGGAUUUUCAAAAUCUUCGAGCACGACUCACUGCUGGAUCACGUGGAAGAAGAGGAAUUAGACGAAGAGGAGAGAAAAGCCGCCUGGGAAGACUAUGAGAACGAGAAGAAGAGAGGAUUUGGAGGUCCUCAGCCGUCGCACCAGAUUCCAGCGGCAGCUUUGAACUUCAACAUUGUGAGAAGCUCGUUGCCCCCAGAUACCUACGGCAACAUGAUGAAAAUGAUCGAUGUAAAGUACCCACACAAGAGUGCAGCCGAAAAGCAUUCGAUGGCCGUGACGACAAUGACGCAGGUCUACAUCAAGUGCCACAACGACAAACUGCGCGAGCAAUAUCAGCAGCAGUACCAGAGGGAAGCUCUACAGAGACAAAUGGAGCACAACGAAUACAUACAAAGAGUGCAACAGCAGAUGAGAAUGGGUACUGCUGCUGCUGCUGCUGCUGCUCCUUCAAGGCCGUGGAGUGGUCCAGCUCCUUCUUCCUCCGCCAAUACAUGAAUUACGUCAACAACAAGCCGAGCAUCAGAGACAAUGGUUUUUUGAAGUUGCUGUUUUCUUCAAACGUGUGUUGGCCUCUUGAAUUCUGAAAUCUGAUUUAUCUAAUACAAUUUGAACUCUGUGAUGAUCUUUUUAUGUUUAGUAACAGUUCAAUAAUUUAUUACCAGGAGUAAACAUUUUCUACACUAUAUGGUAGAUUUCAAUGUAGGUGUGUACAAAUUAAUAACAUGCCAGUAAUUGAUAUAAUUGGAAUAGCAAAUUUAAAAAUUGCACAGAUAUUAACACAAAUAGGCGAAGAAUGCAUUACCAACUCAAAUCAACAGUUACUAAGGUGAACAAAAAUACACCUAUAUUGACAAUGAUAGUUGAUUUACCCUCCUAUUUUAAAAUUUAAUUCAGGUUGACUGUUUGGAGUGAAUAUCACUAUAAAAUCGUUCUGAUUAGUUUGCUAGAAAACCAAAGCUGUUCGCAAGAUGUCUUCUCGGACUGUAGCUAAUGCAUUAGUUAUCCUGGUUUUUAGAUCCUCAAUAUCAAGGUCCAAGGGAGGAACAACGUUAAAGAUCGUGUUUAUGUUCCUCCCUUAGCACUUGAUAUUGAGGAGCUAGAAUCAGGAUAACUGAUGCAGUAGCUACAGUCCGAGAAGACAUCUUGCGAACAGUCUGGGAUGAAUUUGGCUACCGUCUAGAUGUCGUCCGAGCCUCAAAAGGAGGGCACAUAGAACACUUAUAAUACAUCAUCAUAAACUUGAUACUUUUGUGAGUAAUUUGAUGUAAAAUUGGUUUAUGUGCACCAUUUUUUAAAAUAAUUAUAACUGUUUAAAAUUGGGUCAAUCUUUUUGAAACACCCUAUAUAUUGAUCUCUGAAGUUUUGAAUGAAUCAUGUCCAACCAAUGCUGAAUUAUUAGUUUGAUAUGUGAACGUAUAAUAAUUUCACAUAGAUUCAAAUUAAAGAUAAAUUGUAGAUAAAUUAAACAUAUAAUACUCUUAUUGUGAACCGUUCAUCUAAAAUAUUUCGACUGUGAUGAUGGUUAACUUUAAUAUAUUUGUAAAAUGAAAAAUAUUUUGUAAAAUAACUCAGUGAUUCAAGUAUUCAUAAUGUUUUAUAUAUGGUUGUUUGUAAAGUGUACUGUAUUUUCUAGGUAAUAUUGUGUGCUAAUAAAAAUGUUUGUAUAGA